AUGAUGAAACAAGGACGUUCGAAAUUGACUAUACGUUUUACACCAUUUACAACAUAUCAACGAUUUGAUAAUGAAACUGAUCAAUUAUUUCUUCAUGAUUCAGAAGAAAAAGAAAUCAGUACUACGGAAACGACAACAGGGGGUCUUACAGCACUUGAAGCAGCAUGGAAUGUUACAAAUGCUAUUCAAGGUAUGUUUUUGGUUAGUUUACCCUAUUCAGUUUAUCAUGGUGGUUAUUGGUCUUUACUCGCAAUGGUUGGUGUUGCAUGGAUAUGUACUUAUACAGGACAAAUACUUGUUUCAUGUCUUUAUGAAUCAAGUCCAUCGACAGGUGUAUUAACAAAAGUACGAUAUUCUUAUGUUGAUAUUGCUGAAUAUGUUUGGGGAAAACGUUAUGGUGGACGAAUAUUAUUUGUCGCUCAAAAUAUUGAAUUAUUAAUGACUUGUAUUCUUUAUUUAGUUCUUUGUGGAGAAUUACUUGCAGGAAGUUUUCCACAGUUUCAUAUUCCUGUUCGUUAUUGGAUAUGUGUCUCAUGUUUAUUUACACUUCCAUAUUCAUUUAUUCGAAGUCUUCGUUUAGUAUCACGUUUUAGUGCUGGUAAUGCCGUUGUUCAUUUAAUAAUUAAUAUGAUUAUUAUAAUAUAUUGUCUAUCAAAAGCAUCUAUAUGGGAUUGGUCAAAAAUUCAAUUACGUAUAAAUAUUGCUUCAUUUCCAACAUCAUUAGGUAUUAUUGUAUUUAGUUAUACAUCUCAAAUAUUUUUACCAACAUUAGAAAAUAAUAUGCGUCAUCCAUCACAAUUUAAUGCUAUGCUUGUCUUAUCUCAUGUAAUAGCAGCAGUAUUUAAAACAGGUUUUGCAUUAAUUGGAUUUUUAACAUGGCAAGAACAAACAUCUGAAGUCAUAACAAAUAAUUUACCAACACAACAAUUACGUAUUAUUAUUAAUUUAACAUUAGCAAUAAAAGCACUUCUAUCAUAUCCAUUGCCUUUUUUUGCUGCAUGCGAACUUAUUUUACCAAAAUUGUCUCUUACAAAUGAUAUAACAACAUGGAAAACAAUUCUAGCAAGAAUUCUUAUUAUUAUCAGUACACUUCUUAUGGCAUUAUGUAUUCCACAUUUUGCUCAAUUAAUGGGUUUUAUUGGAAGUAUUACAGGAGUAUUUCUCUCAUUAGUAUGGCCUUGUUAUUUUUAUUUAUAUUUAAAAAAUUAUUCACUUUCAUGGUCAACAGUUUUUGGUAAUUUAGCAAUUAUUCUAUUUGGUUUUAUGUGUACAAUAUCGGGAAUUAUCGAUUCAUCAAGAGAAUUAGCAAAAAAAUUUCGAGAAUAG